AUGCUGCGGCGGUCGCUGUCGAUGCUCAGCGCCUACAGCUGGAAGGACGUGCCGUACGUCACGGAAGCUCCGCACGCAUUGCAGGCGCUCGAUAUUGCCAUCCCACGGCGAGUUCCGCUGCACGCUAAGCUGCCCACUUGCGUGUUUGUUCAUGGCGGCGCGUGGCAACGCGGGGACAAGAGCGCAGGACUGAACAAAGAUAUCGACGCGGCCUUCGUGCGGGCUGGAUACUUGGGCGUGACUGUCAACUACCGGCUAUCACCCGACGUGCGUCACCCCGCACACGUCAACGAUGUCGCUGCUGCAGUCGCGUGGCUACACGGGAACAUUGCCCAGUUUGGCGGGGACCCAGACAACAUGGUGCUAGUGGGGCACAGCGCAGGUGCGCAUCUCGUCAUGCUGAUUGUAGCCGACCCAGACUAUCUGCAGGCAGCUGGACUGAAGCAACCAGUCGAUGCGGUUGUCAAAGGAGCGGUCGGCAUCUCUGGUGUCUAUAACAUUGUGCGACUCGCGAACGCUCCAUUCUUUGGCUCGCUCGUGGCGGAGCCACCCUUCGGUGACCGUGUCGAGCACUGGCGACAGGCUUCCAUCAUGACGACAGUCACGCGAGUCGGGUCGACGUCGCCACUCGCGAAAAUGCCCCUGCUGCUCGUGAAUGCGCAAGACGAUUUCCAUUUCCAACAAGAUGCACAAGAACUCGCGCACUGGCUCAUGGCAGAAGGAAAAAAUCCCAACGUCCAGCGCCACGUCGUGGCCAAUUGCAACCACUUUAGCAUCAUCCAGCAGCUCGCACACGACGAGUCGAACAGCAACGCGACCAUGCAAUUACUCGAGACGUUUCUAGCCCACAAUGCUGCCCCCAAAGCCGCCCCUCUCGUCUAA